AUGGCACAGUCAAUCCUUUCGAUUUGCGGAAAAAUUAUCAAUUUUGUUUAUGAUAUACUCGUACAAAAAUGGAGCUUUCAGUUAAGGACCGUAGUGAUCUCCAGCAUAAUUGGAAGGUUAUGCAGCAAGUGUAUACAUUUUAUAAUGAACAGAAAUUCACAGAUAUUUUAUUUGAAUUUUCCAAUACCGAUUAUGCUUUUUCUGCACAUCGCCUAAUCCUAGCAGGGGCUAGCCCCUAUCUAAUGGAACUCUUCGACAAAGCCGAGCCAGACUGCACCAUAAUGACUAUAACGGAUAUGGAUAGUGACACUUUUGAGCAAUUAGUGAUUUUCUGCUACAACGGGCAAACAGAUAUAACAGCAGGUAAUGCCGAGCGUAUGAUCAGAGGUGCCGUUACAUUGCGUUUGGAUGGCGUUAUUGAUGUUUGUGUAAGCUAUUUGAUGGCUCACAUUGACGAUUUCUUGUUGCGCAAGUUGAUCGCUCUAGAAGCUGAUAUAAAGUGUGAAAAACUGGAAACGCGUCUAAUUGAUUACGUUGCUGAACAUUUCAAAAAGGUUAACAACAAUAACGAAAUAUUUGGUCUUAGCCCGGAGCAGUGGAAAAUUGUUAUGAAAAAAGUCGACGUGAGUAUCGUUUCGCAAUUUAAUAUCUUCUGGGCCAUUAUUGGCUGGUACAAAUAUAAAUCAUUUGAGCGCCAACAAUACUUACCCGCAUUGAUUGGAAUUCUAAGGCUUACCGAAUUCAAUGAUGAAUUUAUACUGAAUGUAAUUAAGCCCCUCCCGGGUUGUGAACAGUUAGCAACAGAAGCGAUAAAGAAGCGCGCUAAUAUGAACACUUGGUUGGCUGUGCAAAGGGUGCAACAGAACUGGACAGGACCUAAAACUAUUCUCCAAUUGAACCUAGCUAAAGAAGAAUGGGAGAAAGUUACUAUCAUAGAUAUGAAAAGAUACUUUUUUUGGGCAGCUUUCAUGGAAAACAAAAUAUUUUUUAUUGGUGGCAUAAGUGUUUUCGGAUACGAAAGGGCCGUUGAUACCUACGAUUUGGUAACUAAAGCGUGGAACGCUUUGCCCCGCAUGCAAGAGCUUCGCGUUGAUUUUUGUGUCGCAGUGCAGGAUAAGAAUAUAUACGCAAUAGGUGGACAAGCUAGAUACACAAAAUACUUGCAGAGCGUAGAAAGAUUCGAUGUCUCAGCUUCUAAAUGGCAUUAUGUAGCGAGCUUAGCUGCGCCACGUGCCGCUGCCGGUACUGCAGUUCUGAAUGACUACAUAUAUGUAAUUGGAGGAAGCAAUGGUACCCAAGUAAACAUCGUUGAACGUUACCAUGCAGCUACAAAUCGUUGGACAGCGUGCGGCUCUAUGAUUGCGAAAAUAAAAAAUCCAGCAGUCGCUGUACACCAGGAAUUUAUAUAUGUGAUGGGCGGAUUAGGCAACGUUGAACGGUACGACCCCCGGCGGGACGAAUGGACAAAGAUCGCCCGCUUAAAUAUUGCGCGUAGACAUAUGUGUGCUGAAUCAAUAGGUGGACAACUAUGGGUUUUUGGUGGUGCCGGAUCCACAAAGGUGGAUGAUACUGUUGAGGUUUAUGAUGUGUCAACCGACCAAUGGCAGAUAAAGAAGGCACUACCAGAAACAGGAGUUUACAGUUGCUUUCCUGUGCCCACGAAAUUGGUAGAAAAACUAAAGGAAGAAGCAAUUAACUAGAAAUGCUUUUAAUGGAGCUAAAUAUUAGAAACAGACUUGUGAAAUGAGCAGAAAUAUAUUUUAUAAUUAUUAAAGUAAUAAUCGUGGCCGUUUCAUCUUUGCAACGUGAAAAAUUAUACAGCUGGAUUUCUCAAACUAUAGCAAUUGUGUUGUACGGAAUAAGUUCGUCGCGUUUUUACCGAAAAUCAAUAAUUAUAUCAAUAAGUUAACCCCUAAGUU